AUGAGGAACCCGCAGGUGAAGGAACUAUCGCCGUGGUUGUCAGAAGCGGUAGACUAUGCCAAGUCUGGUAAAGAGGUUAAUCUGGAAAGCCAAGUCUUGAACAAUCCCAAAUUCAGCAUUCGAAAGGAGAAACCGGAUUUCGUCCACGCACUCAGACGAAAGGCCUUCUACGAUCAAAUGGACGAAGAGAUAGAUUGCGGGAAGACUCCAUCCGAGUACAUGGAUGAGUCCUAUGAGCCUGAACCUGGCUACUAUGAGUCUCCUCAUCUCCUGGGGAGAAUCUACCGAAAGAUCAUCGGCAAAAAGUUCCCCGAAGUGGGCAAAUGCGACAACAUGGGCCUGGAACAAGCUGUCAUCAAUCACAACUCUUUGCUACAGAAGAGACAUCCAAUCGACAUAGUACGACAGCAACAUCCCCCUAGCAACAAGCUAUACCAACAGCUGACUGGCAACAUGCCACAACAAGUUUCGAUUCCGCAUAUGUCUGAUCAACAAGUGAACCCAAUCAUGGCGAAAGUCUCUUCAUUGGGUUACAGGCUGCCACAUCGAACACUGACUACCACGGCGCCAGACACUGCGUACUCACCUCGCGCCACACUAGAUCAGCCCCCAUUGGAUUACUCUGCAAGAGUGACUGAAUUCGUGUUGAGUGAAAUGCGCUAUUACCGCAAGUACCUCGGAGCGCGCGGCAUAGAGGAGGAGACAGAAUACGAGAUGUUUCUACAUUUGUCCAAUGAUGGAUUUCCUGACGUCCUUAUUCCAGAGUUGCUAUCAGUCAAUCAGUCAGUUGUCAGUUCAUCUUUGCGGUUCAAACUGUCAGUCUGGAGGUAG